AUAGGUUUGUGUUUCCUGGGAGCGAAAGGGGCAAACAUUUCUCCUUUUGUUCAUUAUAGAAAUUAAUGUUUUAAUCGACAAAUAUAUGCUUGAUAUUCUAUAGAUUAUGUUCACGUGACUAACAAUAAGAGACGCGUUUAAUGAGCGGUCCACGCGCUAGCUGGUUAGCAUCAGGUUAGCAUAGCAGGCGCUUGUGGAGGUUGCCUAGCGACCGGCAGCGACACGUAAAAGCUGAACAGAUUAGCUUCUCUUUUAAAAAUGGAAAUGAAAGACGAGUUUGUGUUUAAUUUAAACGAUUAAAGCUGCACCUGUAAAGCAGCUGUAGUGAGAGUGAAUUCCUUAAACGUCUAAAAGUUUAGUUUGGUUAAUGCUAACUAGCUAGCCUAGCUAGGCUCCCAGUGACGUUCAGGUUUGGGGAAAAAAGAAGUUUACGACAAAACUCCUGCUUUUAAGGCUCGGGCGCCGCUCCUCCGUCAGAUGGCGUUCUGCCUGGCUGAGCUGCACCUGUGGUCCACCGAGAGACCUCAGCACGCCAAAGGAGCUGCUGCAGAGCGACGUCUGUGUUCACAGCAGAUGGAGGAGCAAACACACCUGUCAGCUGAUGCUGAGCAGCGGCGUGCUGGUGACCCUGAGCCUCAGCGGACCGCAGCUGGAACACGUGUGCGUGGACAGAACUCUGGUGGGUCGGCUGCCCGCCGGAACCGUGACCGACGCUGAUGUUUCUGGUCUCUGUGGCUCGGUUUCCAGACUUCUAACGCUGCUGACUGACCGGCUGAUUCUGCUGUCCUUCCUGGAGAACGGCCAAGCGGCUGCAGUCUUCCUGAACAGAAAGAAGCAGGAUUCCCCGGAGGCUGGCAGGCGAACAGACAAACUCUCACCCUCUGAAAUCAAGCUGCUGUCUGUGGAGGUGGGGGGCGCCAAGCUUCGCCGGCGUGUGGCGCUCAACCGUCUCCAGGAUGUGGCGCUGUGCUGGUGGAGCCGCUCUGCCGAGGACUCGCGGACCUCAGAUGAGCACAGACCCGACCUGGUUCUGAUUGGCUGCUCCGCCGCCGAAGGCCUACAGGUCCUGAGCCCGGUCCAGACUGAAGGCAGCCUGUUGGACUGCUGCUUCAGUGGGUCGCAUCACUACCAGCUGCUGACCGUGGAGGUUCCUGGGGGGCCUGGGGGGCUCUCUCUGGGCUCCUGCGUGGACUCCUGCGUGUACGAGUACAGACGGGGGCGCCUGCACCGCCUGUCCGCCGCCCGCAUCCCGCUGCCGUCUCCUCCCGUCUGCUGCUCCCGUCAGCGCUCGGACGCCGCCGUCCUCCUGGGCCUGCAGGACUCCUCCGUAGUCCUUCACGACCUCGGGCGGGGGGUCUCGCUCCACGCCUCCUGCGCGUUCCCGCCCACGCUCCUGGCCUGGCAUCCUGCGGGGGCGAUGGUGGUGGUGGGCGGAGAACAGCAGGAGCUGAUGUGCUUUGACGUGGGGAUGGCUCCUCUGAAUGUGGCGCUGGUGGCCGAGGAGGUCGUCCCAACCGCCACGUUACAGCUGACCCAGCACAUGAGCCGCUCUGGAGGCCUGCGGCGGCUGCAGUGGGCGGCUGGAGCGGACGCAGGCCCGGCUGGACCGGACGGAGGCCCGGCUGGACCGGACGGAGGCCCGGCUGGACCGGACACGCUGAUGCUGGUCUUUGAAGGAGGACCACUGGCCUCUUUGAGAUUCAAACUGGGCGCUCUGACGGGGGGGCGUCUCGGCCCAGGUGAGCUGCUGCAGCAGCGGCUCAGGUGCGGUCAGGUGAGAGAGGCGGUGGGCGUCCUGCAGGCCAUGGACUGGAGCGCGGCGCCGGAGGAGGUCUACGGCGGGCUGAGCGCCGUCACCAACCACCUGCUGAAGCUGCAGCUGAGCGCCGACAGGGAAGCCCUGCUGGAGGCCGCUCUGGGGGUCUUCUACGCCCCUCCUGCCCCCCUCCCUGAAACACUCGUGCUGGAGUACCAGGAGCCCGUCAGCACGUACGCCCGCCGCUUCUUCCACCACCUGCUCAGACAUCAGCGCUUUGAGAAGGCCUUCCUGCUGGCUGUAGAUCUGCAGGACAGCAGUCUGUUCAUGGACCUCCAUUAUGUCGCCGCCGAUAAGGGUGAGGUGGUGCUCGCCGACGCGGCCGAGAGGAAGGCUAAUGAAAUCCGGGCUGCGGCCGGCGCCGGAGACGACGACCUCCUGAGAGGCAGAACCGUCCCGACUCCUUCCAGCCACAGGCCAGGAGAGAGGAACCGGACCGCCGCCGGAGCGUCGUCCAAACCUCCCACGGCUGGAAGAACCAAUCAGAGGAGGCCGCUGUCGGUGGGCGUCCCUGUGACCGUCAGUCCAGAGAUGCUGAAGACUCCAACAGGAAGCGUCGGACGCCAAGAAGACGGCGAAAACGAAGAUCCCGGAACGCUCCGAGUGGUUCAUUUAGGAAUGGUUUAGGAGGAAAACUCCGGAGGAGCGCGGUGUCUGAUGGAUAUUUCUGUCCAAGCGUUCUUUGUGAAGGAUCCAAACGGCCUCCUCUGCACUGGCUCAGGUGUGAAUAGCAAUCACAGCUGUGUUUCUCUUACCUGUCAGCGUUUAUCUGUGGAGCUCAGGAUGUGGAUUCAGCCGGAUGACGGCUGCACUGAGCGGCGGCGUUCCACCUGCUUCUGCCGUUAAGACGCUGACAGAAACGCCGCAGACCUGCCAUUAAUCAGCCUGAUUUCUAUUAUGCUGCUAUUGGAGGCUGCACGCACGUGCACGGCGUGAGCGUGCACGCUGGCCGAGAUUACGGUUUUAUUCAUGAACAGGAGCCAGCGACUUUAAAGCAGCGAGCGAGCGAGCGAGCGGAGCCCCUUUCCUGAACAGCAGCCAUGGCCGUGUCAGAGCUGUCGACGCUCACCGACUAAUCUGACAGCGCCGCACGAGCCCUAAUCCCUGACUGUAUCCUAAUCUAUUUACUUUGCAUUCUAAGAGGAUUUCCACCACAAAAUAUACAAGAAGCGGCGCUGGAAACGGACAGCAGAUCAGCCGGGAUGCUUUCCCGCUCUUUUUUGUGCUUGUUGUUGUUUUGAUAGCUUUAAAAACAUCUUUGUGUGUUUGGGGCAGUCGAUCCUCAGCGAGAGGACGGCUGAAAGGAAUUACAUUCAGACUGAUCCUAAUGCUUCUCUUAUGCAAACACGGCAGCGCCGCGCUCGCCGGCCGUGAUCCGGCCCCGCCGAGACCGCUCCAGAUAAGUGUUUUCUCUUGACACGUUCAUCACGCCGUGCUGAUGGUCGGCCUCGACCGCUCCCACAACAGCAGUCACCCGGAAGGUGGGAGCGGGUCGAAGCCGGGACGCUCUCCCCCAGAACCGGAGCGGCUUCCCAACCACAAACAGAGGGAGAGACGGAGCGCCGCCUCGCUCGCCCUCUCAGCAAUUAUGCUGCUUUGUGAAGCACAAACGCUUCAUUUAAAACCGCCGGCAGCUUUCUCCAGCAGCGGCGGUCCUCGCCGGCCGAGAUGAGGCUUAUUAGUGGCAUUAACAGGCUGCGCGGGGCGCCGCGGCGCCGAGCGGCCUUGUUAGCAUUUGGAGAUGAGUCCAGCCUGCAGCGCUCGUCAUUAUCCAGGUUGUCUGCCGUUUCUGCUCGCCGCAGCAGCUGAGCAGCUUCAGCGGCCCGAUUGGAGCGCCGCCGCAGAGGAGCCGGGCUUCAGCUUUGGCUGCACAGGAUCCAGACAUCAGAACCAUCGGUGGAUCCAGAAACGCAGACAUCUGAGAUCUUCCUCCUGAUUCUGAAGUUCAACCAGACCGUUUGAUGCUGGUUUGGGUUGAAAUGUUCAGCUUCUUCAGGAGCUCCUAGUUUGAAACGUUUUCUGUGUUUUUAUGAGCAGAAGUUCUGAAAACAUCUUCAAGGUUUCGUUCGUUCCCCUGAAGUUUGACUCCAAACCCGUCAAUACGAUCACCUCCAGCUCCUGUUUCAGCUCCAGAGUUUCUCUGUUCAGUGAAUUAAAUAAAGAAUGAAACCGUCUGAGGUCAGAAACAUC